AAAAAAUGUAGAAGACUUCACUGGCCCUAGAGAAAGAAGUGACCUGGGAUUCAUCACAUUUGAUAUAACUGCUGAUCUAGAGAACAUAUUUGAUUGGAAUGUUAAACAGUUAUUUCUUUAUUUGUCAGCAGAGUAUUCAACAAAAAAUAAUGCUCUGAACCAAGUCGUCCUUUGGGACAAGAUUGUGUUGAGAGGUGAUAAUCCGAAGCUGCUUUUGAAAGAUAUGAAGACAAAGUAUUUUUUCUUCGAUGAUGGAAAUGGCCUCAAGGGAAACAGAAAUGUCACCUUGACGCUAUCUUGGAAUGUUGUACCAAAUGCUGGAAUUCUACCUCUGGUGACAGGAUCAGGACAUGUAUCUGUCCCAUUUCCAGAUAAAUAUGAAAUAACGAAGAGUUACUAAAUUAUUCUGAAUUUGAAACACAUUUUUAUACGUCAUGAAUUGCAUCUCAUCUCUCCCCUGUAGCUAUCUUCAUUUGUUUUUGGCUAUAUUUUUCUUUUUCUUUCUGUUUUGGUAUAAGAUAGACUAACAUCAAAAGACAUAGUGGAAGUGAAAGGUUAUGGGCUGCUUAAGCAUAGCUUUGCAAACAAAACAAAAGAUUGCCAGAGAGGAGGAGUGUAAGAAUAGGGCCACUGCAUAGGAAGAACUUGUAAGCAGGGUAGGAUUGAAAUAUUUCUUAUAUUUGCAUUGUCUUAUGGAUACAAAAUGAGCAUAAAGGGCUGUUAAACUUCCAGGUGUCUAUAGAGUCAUAAGAAUUCUGAAUUACUUGUUUUGUGUUUGUGCAAGUUGACAGUGAUUGUGUGAUUGUGACUUACACGUGACCACUCUAUCUUUUAGUGUAUGUUAGAUUACUGGGAACAUUAGUGUGGAUCUUUGAAGUCUGGUUUACAAAAGAGCAGAGUGGUAAAAUUUUAUUCCAUUUGUUUAGAAAUUCCCAUAAUCCUUGUCUUCCUUAGGUGAAUAGAAGCUUUCUCCAAAGACCAAGAAUCUCUUUGUAUGCUGUAAAAUCUUGCAGGCUCAUUUUAAAGUCUCAACUCAACCAAAUGUGUGUCUUUUAGUGUUUGCAGAAUGCUCCUUUGAAUAUCUGUAUAAAUUUUAAGCUUUGCCAUGGAAAGUUGAAAAUGUUUGUUUGCAUGGAUUGCCUUCUUGAACUGGAUUUGUCCCACUGAACAUGUCUCUUUAGCUAACUACAGUUUUCUUAGCUCCAUAUUUUAAUAGUUGGAAUAGUAAGAAUAUUUGUGGUAUGGUUUUGCAUCUACAAAAUUCUCUCAUUUGUUUGAAUGUUGUCUUGAGUAGUCCUAAUGAGGUAGAUGGUGCAAAUGUUAGCUUUGCAAGUGAAGAAAUUGAAACCCAUAAAUUUACCAACUUGCACCCAAAUUGGACAGCAAGUGGUAGAGUUUUCUAAUACCUGGGUUUACGCAUUAACCCUAUUCAUCUAAUUUAAUUGUGGUUUUUAUUAUUUUGCAUUCCAUCUAGGAAUGAUAGAGUGUGAAACUAAUUUUUAGCAGCCAGCAACUUACACAAUGGUAUUUUUGUUUGUGGGUACUCAUUUUUACCCAUAUUAAAACUACUUGGGUUUGUAAAAUAAUUUAGAGAUUAAAUACAUUACAUAUAAUUAAAUAUAUAAUUAUAUUUGGUGUAAAAUUAUUUUUGCAUGGAUCAGCACCCUCAGUUACCAGCUGCAAAUUGGCUAGUCUUAAAUCCAUGAACAGACACUAGACACUGUAGUUCCACCCAGCAGUAACCUAAAAGGGCUCCUUUCUUCCACUAGCAUAAAUCAGUUAGCAUUUGUUCUCUUUACCUCAUGUAAAGUAUAUCACUGUUUAGUGGCAUUCAUUUCAACAGUUCUUGUAUGUGGUGGUGCAGUUCUUACAAAUGCAUGUGCAUGAGGUUUUUAUGCCAGUAGUAAGUCAGAGGUACAGCCCUAGUUUGGCACUAGCAGUUUCAUUAAACAUUUCAGGCUCGCUGUUUCCUUGUCUAUAAAGUGACUCUUUACUCCGAUAUAGAUCUGAAGUAUUUUCUGUUCAUCAGAUCAUGAACAGGAAAUCAUGUUGCUUAACUGAAGUCAGGGAGGUGAUGGAAAGAUUAUAGUUCAUAAUGAUCUGAGCUUCUGCUACAUUUCACACCUACAAAGUUGAGCUUUAUACAUUGAACAGAUACUAGACGUGUAAAAUCUGCAAGUGUCAAAGCUGAGAAUAUCUGGGUGUUUCCUGGUUAAGGAAGCCAUUAGCAAACCUCUAGCAUUAAAGCCAGACCUCAGGUGCGUCUGUUGGUCUAGCACAGACAAACUAGGACUGAAGGUUUCUAGAAUAAUCAUUUAUUUGAAAAGUGCAAUUUUAGGAGUUUGGUAAGGAAAACCGGGAAAGCCCACCUGGCACAAUGUGACUGGACUAACAUGGCUGCUCCAGCCUGCCACUAGCUCUGUUUCUUAGGAACUGAGUUUCAUGUGUGCACAGCUUUCUUAGUUUGUAAUAGUUCUUCGCCUUAGGAAGUUUGUAUGUUUGAUAAGCAUAUCUCUGGUCUCUGUUUUAUAGAAGUCUGAUCAAGUCUCUACAGAGAUUUAGUGUUUCUGAUUUUUAACAAACUGUGGUGAUCUAUGGAUAGUAUGAGCCCAGACAUGACUCUGGGAGAAGAGGGUAAUUGCAAGAUACUCAGUAGAGUGAUUGCAGUUAGAAAGGAACUUUAAAAUGUAGCACUCCGCAUAUCCCUUUCAGUCUCACCUAGAAACAGCUUCACCUGUGUGCUUCAUGCCCAUCCAUUGCAUUUAGUGUCUUUAUGCUGAGAGGAAAAUAAUAAAAUCAGAAACUGUUAAGAAUGUACUAGGAAAAUUGGUUGGUUUGAAUAUCUUUUCUGGUAGUUACCUUACAGUGGUCUGUCUGGCUAGUUAGUUCUCUAUGCUAGGAAAUGGGCUCUAAGGAUCUAAAGCUUUGGAGGGGCCUGGUACAGGUUAGUGGAGGUUUUGCUGUGUUACACUUUGAAUUAACAUGCAACAGAUGUACAGAGCAGACUUUGUAGCUGUGACCUUUGAUUGUAAGUAAACAUCUAUAUUUCAAAAGCUUCCCUGGCUUUCAGCAGCAAGCCUAUGUAUGUAACUUUCUGUGAGACUGCCAAUAGGUCAACGAUGUAUGUUUCAAAAAGUUAUCCCAUAGUUUUUAUGCAGUUUGGAAAAUUGUUUACUUAAAAACUAAAUUCACAAAAAACUAAUCCAUAAAAAUGCUGAAUAUGUAUGUGAAGAUUUUCUUAAUUACAAUAAAUAUUCAACGUUUUUAUAAUAAAA